AUGAUGAAUGAUAACGUUUUCGAUCAUGCCAAUGAGCUUUUGGAGAAAAUGUGCGCUGAUUUGCGAGCAUCAUUGGCUCGGAUUGGAAACGAAUGUCAAGGAAAUCUGAAUAGAAUAACUAAAGAUUAUCUGGAUAAUGCUUCGAAAACCUCCAGUGGCUAUGAUGAUGAAGAAUUCAAUGAUGACUCCACCAAUAGCGAUGGAGAUGAGGAAAAGGAUCAUGUUCGGCUACCAUUUAAGCCCAAAGUGUUUGCCAGUGAAGGCGUUAAUACUAAAACAUGUGUAAUCUGUAAGGAUAUAAUUGUUUUAUCGGACGACGAUGAUGAUGAUCAUAUUGGCGAUGACGACGAUGAUCAAUCUGAUGUUUGGACUAUAUGCUCGGACUCAGAUGAAGAAUACUAUACAUUUUGUCUGGACGAUUUGACAGAUGAACCGGAAAGGACAUAUUUUCGUGCGAAAAAGUACCUACCAAGUUAUCCACCCAGUGAAAAACUUAAAAUAUCGAAUAAACAAAAUUUUUCUUUGCCCUCGCUAUGCGAUAAUGAUAUAAUAAAGAAAUACAUUGGUAAUCGUCGCCUGGACAAAGAAAAUAUAAUAGGAGUUUUCAAUACCUUACUUGAAAUUGAAGAUCUAACCGAUAUGGCUGAUUAUCCAGCAUUGGCACAAAAAGAUGUCACCCUAAAAUGGACGGAGAAUAGAAAAUAUUGGAUACCGAUGCCUGUUAUGCCCAAUGUGAACAUUGAUGAAAUUAUUGUACCCUUUAUGGAUGAAUUAGUGGUUAUACCAAAAGAAAGUAGUGCCUUAGCCGAAGCGAGUCCACCGAAAUAUUUAAUUGACACUUUAUUUCCACAUCCACAUGAAAUGGAAGUUGAUAAUUCAAUAAAACGUCGCAUUGCCACAAUAUAUAAAAUAUCCAAAGAUGAGGUACAUUUUCGUUUUAGCAAAGAUGAACAUUUUACUGCAACACAAAUUCGAUCAUUAUCUUCAACGAAAUAUGAUAUAAUAAUACGUCCACGUCGUUUGCCAGUACGUUAUCAAUAUCGCGCCUUGGAAAUGUUGGCUGAAGAUGAUCAUGUCCGACAAUAUCUAUUUCCCGAAACGAAUCCAAUCAGAAAUAUAAAAUAUGAACCAGAAUUUGAAUUAAAACUAUUUAAUGCCACAAUUGCCUCAAAUCCAGAACAAUUGGGUGCCGUGCGUUGUAUAACCGAAGGACCCAGUCCAAAUGCUCCAUUUGUGAUUUUUGGUCCACCAGGGACCGGCAAAACCACAACAAUCGUGGAGUCCAUACUACAAUUACGACUUCUUAAACCAGGAAGCCGUAUACUUGUCACAGCCGGUUCGAAUGCUGCUUGUGAUACAAUUGCAUUACGAAUAUGCAAAUAUUUUAAUAGCAAUGAACGCUUGCAAGAGAUCCAAAAACGUGAUCCCGAAAAUCAAAAACCCCUAAUACGUAUCUAUUCGAAAACCAUUGUUGAAAAGGGUCUUCGCCUGAUCGAUCCCGAAUUGCAGGCCAAUUCUAAUUGUCAACAUGGUAUACAUUAUUAUCCUUCUGUAGAGGAAAUACGUCAAUAUGGCAUUAUUGUGGCAACACUGUGCACCGUGGGUAAAUUGGUUACCGGCGAUAUUGGUGAAAUGAAUUUCUUUUCGCAUAUAUUUAUCGAUGAAGCUGGUGCUUCGACCGAGCCUGAGGCUUUAGUUGGUAUUAUGGGUAUAAAAACAUUAAAUUGCCGUGUCAUUUUAUCCGGUGAUCAUAAACAAUUGGGACCGAUCAUUAGAUCGGAUCGUGCCAAUCAAUUGGGUCUGGGAAAAUCGCUAAUGGAAAGAUUAUUGAGUUUGAAAUGCUAUGGUCUGGAUGAUAAUUCCAAUUAUGAUCGCACCAUACAGGCCCGUUUAAAACGUAAUUAUCGUUCACAUCCGGAAAUUGUCAAGAUAUUCAAUCAUUUGUAUUAUAAAAAUGAAUUGAUUGCUGAAGCUAAAUUGGAUGAUGUCAACAUGGCUGCCAAAUGGUGUAAAUUACCGAAUCCCAAUUUCCCUAUUAUUUUCCAAGCCGUUCAUGGUGUUACCGAAAAGGAUACCGUUUCACCUAGUUCCCGUAAUAAUCUGGAGCUACAGGUGUUAAUGUGGUUCUUACGUCGUCUACUUAUCGAUGGCAUAGAUGGCCAUCCGGUAAAACAGUCGGAUAUUGGCAUCAUUACACCUUAUCGCUUGCAAAAUAAAUUAAUACAAAAUCGCCUACAUGAUUGUGGUUGGACCGGCGUGGAAAGUGGUUCCGUGGAAACAUUUCAGGGUAGAGAAAAACAAAUAAUUAUUGUAUCAUUGGUGAGAUCAUUUUCGGGUCUUGGUUUUGUAAGGAAUCCGAAGCGUCUAAAUGUCAUAUUAUCACGUCCAAAAUCUUUACUUAUUCUCAUGGGUAAUCCAUUGACAUUGAAACGUCACCCGGACUUUGCCUACAUCUUAGAUGAAUGCCGUAAACAUGGCACAUUUUUACGUAAAAAGAAAAGCAAAAAGAAUCGCAAAACGGCGAAACUAGUUAAAUUAGUGACUAUUUAA